UACUUGCCGUUGCGAAUUUUGUUGCUUUAUCGACGUGUACAAGGCUAUGAGCCAUAUUUUCUGCAAGAAAAUCCAUAACAUUCUGAACUUCUGUGUUGCAUCAUUUUGACAGCUAUCAGCCACGGAUCUCAGAAUCAUGUCUGCGCAUUCCUCAAGGUCCACAGGUCUUCGCCGAUACGGAAUGACACUCAUCAACGGCAUGGAGCGUUCAUUAAGCAGUAAGGAAUUCAGUGACGUGCAGUUCACAGUCGGACAAGACUUUGGGCCACCGAAGCUCUUUCAGGCGCACAAGUACGUACUGUGUCUGCGAAGCUCCGUGUUCUGCACCAUGUUCUACGGAAGUCUGCCUGAGAAAGGCGAGGAGCCUAUCGAUAUCCCGGAUGUUGUUCCUAAUGCCUUUGAGAAUAUGCUCAGGUACCUAUACACCGAUACGGUAUAUUUGGGGGUGGGCGACGUCUGUCAGACGUUCAUGUGCGCGGAUAAGUACGACGUGCCGUUGUUAAUGGAGAAGUGCUGCCAGUUCGUCAGCGCUCAUCUUAGCACACUCAACUGUCUGACUCUCCUGAAACACGGCGUGGAAUUUCAUGCCGAGGAGAUAGUCGAGAGCUGCCUGGACUUUAUCGACAAAAAUGCUGACGAAGUCGUUCCCGAGGACGAUUUCACGGUCAUUGGGCAGGAGUUGCUCGUGCUGAUGCUGCAGCGUGACACGCUGCUGACGGAGGAACAUAACAUUUAUUCGGCUGUCGAAAGAUGGGCGCUGAAGGCAUGCGAUUCGCAUAACCUGGAUGCAUCCGUCGCUAAUCGGCGACAGAUUCUAGGCGAAGCACUGUUUCUCGUUCGGUUUCCGCUGCUGAGCAACACUCAGUUGGCUGAUGGACCUGUGAAGAGUGGUUUACUACUGGAGUCCGAAAUUCGCGACCUAUAUCAGUACAAGUUCGCCACGGUGAAGCCACCGCUGCCCUUCUCCACGGAGCCACGGCACGCCCGCUGGCAUCGUAUCGGGGAUGACAUCUUUCUGCACGAAGAAAAGGUCUUCGUGAAGGCUGGUUACUUUCUGCGCAAGAUUACAUGGGCUCCAGCGGAGAUCAUCGGCAUCGAGAGAGCGCAAUUCGAAUGGCGCAGCGUGACGCAUUCAGAAGGAGGUCCCUGCGGCCUUGCAGAGAUUGUGCGGGCAUCCGAUAUUCUGAAGCCAGGCCAAGAACUUCUGGCGGGUGUCCAUGGUGACAAUAAUCGUGUUGUGUACCGCAGAGCCAGCGGUAAGUAUCAUAUGGUUUACCGCAAGGGUGAAGAGUUUGGGAUGGAAUUCGGCCAGCUAGGAUUCAACGAUGCCCAGAUGAAUAAAUUUCUUUCAACCAGAAGGUAGUGACUAUCGAUAGGCAAAGAGUGCGAUGCAGAUGGUGUAUAUGAAUGAGAACUGUUCAGAAAUUCUUUCUCGUGUUCUUUCUUGUUCGGUUAAUCUUGGACUCACGUUUUCCACUCGCGGCGCGCCGGCAGUGCUGUUAUGGUG